GCAGCGACUGCUCGGGGGGCCAAAGACAAGCGAAGUGUGGACCAAACACACACAGUGAAGAUAUGGCUGCAGAGGCGGCGAGGGACCGGAGCGGGCUGGCACCGCGGCUACAGGCGUUCUAAGCAACGAAUUUACCAACAACAAAAAAAUAGAAUUGGUGGGAGGGAGGAACGGGAGGGGAGCCUUACAGUAAAGCAAGAGAGAGAAGGAAGUCGGGGCAAAAGUCUUGGGGUUGCUGGGGGGGAACAAUAGACCAAAUCGGGAGUAAUAAAUGAAUGAAUGAAAUGCAAAGUACAAGUGACCACCUUGAUGUGGAGAUCUCCCAGGGACACGCCAGAUAGAUGUCUGGUGUAAAACCGUGCGCCGACCAUGAACGCUCAGCUGACGAUGGAGAACCUGGGCGAUUUGCAUGGGGUGCCUCAUGAACCGGUGCAGCCGGGAGACCUGCUGAGUAGCCCCAGCCCGCACAGCCGCUCGAUCGGCCAUCGGAAUCUGCCGGUGCACGCUCGCUCCAUGGUGUCCAGCAUGGCUUCGAUCCUGGACGGUCCCGGAGACUACCACCGGCCCCCGGACCACGCGCUGGCCGCCCCGCUGCACCCGACCAUGACUAUGGCUUGCGAGACGGUGCCGGGGAUGAGCAGUACGUACACCACGCUGACCCCUCUGCAGCCGCUGCCCCCCAUCUCCACCGUGUCCGACAAGUUCCCUCACCACCACCACCAUCACCACCAGCGGCUGGCCGGCAACGUGAGCGGCAGCUUCACCUUGAUGAGGGACGACAGAGGCUUGACUUCAAUGAACAACCUGUACAGCCACUAUCACAAGGAUAUGACCGGCAUGGCCCAGAGCCUUUCCCCGCUCUCCGGCUCCCCUCUCACCAACGGCCUGGGCACCAUCCACAACUCCCAGCACGGUCUGCCGCCUUACGGGCACUCUGCACCCAUGCCCGCCGACAAGAUGCUGACCCCGAACGGCUUCGACGGCCACCCGGGCAUGCUAGGCCGGGCGGAGCAGCACCUGAGCCGGGGGCUCAGCCCUCCCUCCGUGGGCAUGGUGCCUAUCAACGGUCUGCACCACCACCCCCACGUCCAUCCGCACGCACAGGGCCACGGGCAGGUCCUGGGCUCGGCCAGGGGCGAGCAGCCGCCCCCUUCCUCCAACGGGUCGCAGGCGGGCGGCGGAGGAGGAGGAGGUGGGGGUGGAGGUGGAGGAGGAGGUGGCGGCGGGUCAAGUCAGCUGGAGGAGAUCAACACCAAGGAGGUGGCGCAGAGGAUCACCACCGAGCUCAAGCGCUACAGCAUCCCGCAAGCGAUCUUCGCGCAGCGGGUGCUGUGUCGCUCGCAGGGCACUCUGUCCGACUUGCUGAGGAACCCGAAACCUUGGAGUAAGCUCAAGUCGGGCCGGGAGACCUUCAGGCGCAUGUGGAAGUGGCUGCAGGAGCCCGAGUUCCAGCGAAUGUCGGCCCUCCGCUUGGCAGGGAGCCAGAUUGGGAGACAAAAUGAUGCCAGGUACAGGGCACCCACAACCUGGCAGCUUUACUCGAGAGAGUUGGGCGAAUUCCUGGAUAGGGAGAGAACCGAAGAAGUGGACGUGGACUUGGAGGCAGAUGGUUCUAGACAAGCGUGCAAAAGAAAAGAGCAGGAGCACGGUAAAGAGAGGGGCGCCGCGCCCAAGAAACCUCGGCUGGUGUUCACUGAUGUUCAACGAAGAACUCUACACGCAAUAUUCAAAGAAAACAAGCGUCCGUCCAAAGAAUUGCAAAUAACCAUUUCCCAGCAGCUGGGCUUGGAGCUGAGCACCGUCAGCAAUUUCUUUAUGAACGCGCGGCGGAGGAGUUUGGAUAAGUGGCAAGACGACGGCACCUCCAACCCAGUCAACACAUCUUCCUCAUCAAGCACUUGUACCAAAGCAUGAAGGAGAACCCCGGACUAAACCUCGGUGGAAUAGCUUUAAAAUCAAUGACCAGGACUCCAGACAGCAGGUCUAAUUAAUGAACUCAAAGACAAUAUAAUAUUUAUAUGUCCAACGAAACCAAAGACUUAAUUGACCUGCAUAAGGACUCCGUUCUACAACACUUUAUUAUGACUUUUGCAAAAAAAAAAGAAUCAAGCCGCUGGCCGUACACCUUCAUCGUCCAGCAUUGUUCAGUGUGUGUGGCUGUAAAGUCGUUGGAAACAUCGUCAUGAAACGAACAUUAUGUCAAACAUUGACCCAUUUCACUUCCUCGGAUAUACCACCAAGGUGUAUGUUGUAGAAAUACCAAUGCACGUGCCAGUGGCCAGAAAACUUUGCAAGGGGCUGGUCUGUGGGUUGUGCUCAGGCGUGACCCUUACGAUUGUGGAGUCGUUCUGUGUACACUUGGAAUGUGAUUGAAUUCGAGCUCUUUGCCGGUUGAACGCGAAAGCUCCAAUUCCGGGCACAGUUCAACGCUGUAAGAGCUCUUCUGUCACCUCACACUAGUGCAUUCUCUUUGUACCACAGGCCGAGGAAAUGCAACAGCUAACGACCAAAAAAAAAGAAUACCCAUUCUAUUUCACCAAACCCAGUAUUGUAGAUGAAAAUUCUGUUGGAUAACAAAGAGCGGGAUAAAUGACAGGGAGAUUUCGUCAGAAGCACAAAUAUUAGUUGUACUAGGAGCUUCGUUCUUCUACAAUGAAAUACGCCACUUACACUUUUCUAUUCUAGUAUGUCUUGCAUACCAAAUUACUAAUAUGGUAUAUUGGCUUUAUAUGUUACAGACGUGGUAGUAACUGUAAAAUCCAUGAGGAAACACAGAUUUGAUCCCUGUUCCUUGCUAUCCACACUGCUGCAGAGGCAAAUAAAGGCAACAAAGGAUACUUCCAUUUGGGGUUAGGAUGAUCAAAUAUUACUAACGGAAUGAAUACUUCAUUGACCACAGUAAUGAAUGCCGCAGCCUUUUCCGUGUCAGAAAUACCAGCCCGUACUUACAAGUAACAGCAAUAUCAAAUUCGCCUAGGUUUGGCACAAGAUGCCAGGAUAAAUCACUGCGGCUCGCCCUGUAUGUUUUAGGGUAAAUUUAUUAAACUUCCUUAAUACCAUGCAAGGAAUAUUCUAAAUCACGGUGGUUUGCAAAAUGAGUAUCGUAACACAAUUAAUAAAAGACAGUCACCCCACCUUAUAUGUUAGAAAAAUAAUAACUUAUUAGGUUUGUUACAUCUUUUGGAUAAUCAACUCCAAAAUGAACAUUUUUUUAAAAAAUCCCCUUCAUUAGACGUAUCUUAUGGAGUAUGCCGUGUUAUGUCAAUUAUUGGCCAACGUAACAAUCUCCAAAAUUUAGGUUCUUGUCCCUUAUGGAAGUAUUUCUACACAUAAUGGUCUGCACGGGCCGGGGAAGGUAAAGCGUAUAACCCUGGGAAGUCAGUACAGUAGAUGCAUUAUUUUUUCCCUAAGUUACCAUUACCAAAUGCUGACAGUAAAGCCAUCCAGUUGGACGCACCAAUAAAAAGGGAGGCACUUUACUGCUCGGUGCUGUUAACACCAAGAGUUGUUCUAUGAUUCAGGUGAGUUUUCCAUAGUGAAACCGAACAGAGGUCGAACUCUGUUGAAUAAAAAUCUGGGCUACUGAACGGUAUGUUUCAGGUUUUAGUCAAGAUGUGAUAUAUUCUUGACAGAAUGCAACACUUCAGUCACCCAGUUGCAGUUACGUAUUACCCUUUGUGCUUUAAAAAUUCUGCUAAAGAACCAAAGAUAACUCGUUAUUCAGGAACAUUGCACUUGUCAGCGAGCUACAAUGCAAAACUAGUUUUAAUGAAAUCGAUCAAUUGUAUUAGUAUCCAUCUUCGGGAUAGCUUAUCACACAUAUUACAAUGCUCUCAGAUGAAGUGGAUCAAGGUAUCAGCAAGAUACUUGGAGAAAGAUCUCAUGGGGCCUAUGACGACACACAGAUGUCUUAUGAGAAAAAUAAAUCAGUCGCCGAUGUAGAAGAGGAACGGCCUCUUGCAGUUUAAUUAGAUUUAACAAACAUACUGCAGUACUCGCUGUGGUGUUUUAUUCUGCUACAACCCUUUUGUGGCAUUUCUGAUAAAAGUCAAUAACACUAGCUUAAAUAAUUAUCGAGGAUUAAAUAUAUUUAUUCAUUGCAACAAGUCAAAUGACUCCAUUAAAAUAAUUUCUUUACCUCAAGUCUAACUU